AUGGCCCCCAAGAAGAACAAGCAGCGCGAGAAGCAGGAGCAGAGUCGCGCGUCGUCCAGCGCACGCGCCCACCAGUCGCUUCUGACGAGUGCAACGAUCAGCGGCGUCGAGGGCUUCGUCGGGUUCUCGAGCUUUGCGCCGGCACCGGUGCAUCCCGCCGUCCAAGCUCCGCUCCAGCCCGGCCCGCCACUUGUGCAGAGCAUUUACAACGGUUCCGAUCAUGAGAUCGCGCUCGCGCUCAAGAUGCUGGCCAAGAAGGGCGUGGUGACCAAGAUCAAGGCGCUGCAGACGUUCGUACACCAGGUCCUGCCGCCCCGCCAGCCGGCCGAGCUCCGCCCCAUGCUCGGCCACUUCACGCAGCUCUACACGUUUGAAAUGCGGGACCAGAACGACCAAAAGGUCCGUCAGCUGCUUAAUGAGGUGCUGGCUGCUCUGGCGGACAAGGUGCGGCCCAGAGCGUUCGCGCCGCACUUGCAACGGCUGUUGCCGUACUGGUACUUGGCGAUGCAUGACGUCCGUGCAGACGUGGCCGUGCUGGCUAAGAAAGCGUUCGACACGUUGUUUCCGGACGCAGACAUGCAGAAGAAUGUGCUGAGGAUGCACGUUGCGGCUAUAAUGGAGGAGUUCCAAGGCUUCUUUAGGAAAACAACAGACACGUUUGACGGCGUGCAGCUUCAAGACAAUGAGAAGGAAGAGCGAUAUGAACGGUGUGUUUCUGCUGCAGUGCUGAGCAUUGAUGCCGUGAUUCGCUUCUGUGUCGAACAGCAAAUGGUAGCUGUGCUGAGUGCCGAAGACUCGAGCUGCUCAGUAGCUACGGUUGUGUCGUCGGAACACUUUUUGAGUCUUGCAAGUGCGUCAUCAAAGCACAUGAAUUUUUCUCGUGGUGUCGUGAGAAGAGCAGUGUACGUCACGCUGGCGACACUAUGUGUGCAAGCCAAGACCAUUGUUGCUGCACGGGAAGAAGCGUUCGGUAAGGUGGUACUCGGGACGCUUCACGACAAAUGCCCUUCAAACCACGCUGCGAUGUGGAAUGCCGUGAUUGCUUUUUUGCAAACGUUUCCAGACGUUUGGAGCUCAAGCCCUGGCAUCCAUAAAUUUAUGGUGAAUGUGGUUUACCCGCGGUUAUUUUCACAAAUUAGACAUGGGUUUUACGGGUCGGGUCGUGCGUCUUUCCCAAUGCUGUUGCCGUUCUUGUCGAUGGUACCGUUGGGCGUUGCAGUGGAUUUCUCCACUCGUCGAUCUGUAUUAUACACAGGGGUACUAGAGCAAUGCUGGAAAUUUAUGGACUCGACAAAUGCGCGAUUCUGUGAGUCCCCUGCAAUCACAGCAUUUUUCGAAUGUAUCACCGGAUGUUUCAGUAUUUUCUUGAACGAUCAGAAGAUGGUUGCGCAAUUAAGUGAUCAAGAUGCUGAACUUUCUACGUCCAAUUACGUGAACCAAUUUGAAAAUGUAUUCGUGUGUUCGCUAAAAAAGACGCUCAGCUCACCAGAGUUUCCGGAAGCAGAAGUGGCGGUAUUCGGUAGCUGCAUGCAUAAGAUGAGCAGCCGAUUACGCAGUUUUUCGACGGAGUCAAUCUUGGUCAAUACACUGAAGGAUGACUUCACGGAGAAAGUCCACGUGUGGACAAGAAAAGCUGUAAGCGCAAUGGUAUCGGAGCUAUCAUUCGUACCUUCUAGAGUAGCUACUUUUGUCGGCAUAGGUCUUUCUGGUGCUGAAGACAAAUGUGAAGACCUUGAGGCUGCACAGUGGUUAUUGACAAGUAAGGAGUUAUAUGAACAAUGCGUCAGUCAGGUUGAUGCAUUAAUGGGGGAACUGACGUUUUCGCCGGACAAGAACGCAUCGAUAGUACGUGUAUUGGCGGCACUUAACGGCGUUUGCAAAGCUCAUCCAGUAGAUGUGCUUUUGGGUGAGGCCGGUGUGACGAUCGAGAGUCAUUUCGAUGUCCACUAUCGCCCCGUUCUCCGAGCACUUGCUAGCUGGAAGAAAUUAGCUACCGCGGCAGGUGUCGUAACCACAAUGCGUACGGCGUUGGAGCUCACACAGCCAUUUUUUCUCGCCGCAAAGGAGAAGCGACAAUUUUUGCUGCAGCUUUUUCAGGACUGCAACGUUCAGUUUGGAGACUUGAAAGAAGCGAUCGACAUCAUUCAGUACGGGCUGCAAUUCCCGAUUUCUGAACUUGGCGUAAAGUUGUGGCUGUCAUGUGCAAGUUGGCAAAAUAUUGAUGAUAGUGGUGCAUUGGUAAUCGAUCAAUCUGAUUCGAUACUGAAGACACUUCAAGCUAUUUGGCAAGGCAAAUUGGUUGACGAGUUUUUGAUAAUUAGCUUAAAGGGACGGUAUGACGACUUGAACAGUGAUAUGUUUGUUACUCUUUUAAAAUCGUGCCUCGGCGGCUCGUGCAAUUUCCCUGUCGUGAGUUCUGAUGCAGUGGUGAUUCUGUGUCACUUCGUGCUGCAAAAAGCGAGCGACGGGGCCGACGCAGUGACUGUGCAAAUACUGACACACCUUUGUGAGCUGUUCUUGAAGUUGAAUAGUGAGCUUCCUGCUGAACUUGAAGCAGUUGAGAGCCAACUAUACACGCUCCUAUUUCAUCUUUCGGCUAGGGGAAGCUAUCGGGCUAAAGUGAGUGCGUUAUGGGCACAAACUGUGCGUCGCUCUCUCAAAAAAUGGAAGACAAUAUCGCGGACGGAGAUGUUUGUAAAUGGGCUGGCUAAACAAGUCAACGAUUUUUUUCUCGCUGAUUUGCCAGCGGAGACUACGUCGUUUAACACCAAGCAGUAUGCUGCGUACGUCAAAAGCUACGUGCGCAUUGCUUCAGACCAGGGGUUUAUUUCUGUGCCGCAGUUGAUGGAAAAGUUGGAUGCUGUGAACUUGAGAUGUCUCGAUGAUUCUCGGCAAACUCUCUUUUACAGCCGAGUGUUAUUGGCACUGGGAGAAGCCUGCGAGGAUGAGCAAGUGGUUGAUGCCUUGCAAGUUUAUAUUAACGCUAUGGCAUCCAAAAAUGAAGGUUUGGCAGUUGCACUUGUUGCGAAGCUGGUGGAUUUGGAUGUCACUCAUGCUUUGACGUGGGUAAUAUUUCAGUCCAACGAUUACCUACAGAGGAGCGUUGAUUUGGUAGAGGCAAUAGAGUGUUAUCUGACCAUGGACCACUUGUAUGAAGCACUGAAAUCGUCGCCCGGGAUUAUCGACAAGGUACUUGCGGAUGUAAUUGUGACGUGCCAGAGCAAACACACGCGUGAACUCGUAGAAUAUCGCAAUAUGGUAUUUCUGGACAAGAACAAAGAUUUUGCUACUUCCAGCCAGGAUCAGAAUUUGCUUUCUCUAGAACAACACAGAAAGCUGGAUGAGAUGUCGAUAGGAGUGCUAUCGAGUUUCAGCUCGAUUGCGGCACGAGUGUCAUUCGUCAAAGAGUUGGUGGAUCGAAAGGGUGACUGGACGUUGGAAGCUACCCAAACCAUCAUCAUUUCGCUUUUGACUGCAACGUACACGAAAGAGGAAGAUAGUAGCGAAGUAAUUGGAGUACUGAAAGAGCUUUUUGCUCUGUGCAAUCAUGAUGUUGUCGGGAAGCCGGCGUCUGUGCUCUUUGAAUAUUUGAGAUUGGUAUCGCAAGCAGUCAAACGAGCAGAAAGAAAUUUGAUCGCUUCCAGCCUUGUCACGGAAUGCAUCAACCUGUCGAGUCAAGAGUCGAUUAUGCAGCGACUCGUGGAGAUGCUACUUCCGAGCUCACAAACGGUUGUGGAAACUGAUCAGUGGAUUGCUCUGACUGAGUACGUGGGGUCCCUUUCGGUGUACUUGCAAAGUGCAACGUCAGGCUUUGGCGAGGUGUGGGAAAAGCUGGCACGAUUGAUUGUGACGAAUACGGUUGCGGGGAAGUCAGAUGCCGUUAAGAUUGUGGCAUUAAGAAUUCAAAAACGGAGCUCGAUUCUGGGCGCCCGUAGGAUCGUUAAAGGCGAUCAGGAACAAAUUGUGCUUUCCUACCCUGCUGAGCUGGUCCUUGCACGAAUAGCUUUCAUGGAACUUGUAAGUGCGAUGUGCAACGCGAACCCUGACGCGCUUCAGGAGCUCGCUGCGCACUAUCGGGAUGCUGUUUUGUCCACAGUGCUUUGUGGGUUUUCUGAAUGUGCCGAGCUAAAGGCAAGUAUCGUAACAACGUACGUGUCAGUGGCAUCUCCGUCACAGUGCUUCCAGCUUGCAAAUCUGAGCUUCAACGUCAACAAACUGCUCGAGCGUGUGCUACCGGCUUUGCGCGCAAGUCUUCCGUGUUUUCAAGAUGUCGAUCACGUGAACCGACUUAUGCUCGAGUCUUUCGGUGGCAUCGAUACGCUAGCAUCACUCUUUAACGGAGAGCAGUAUCCUAUGCACCCACCACUGCGCGUAUUGCUGUAUAUUCUUUCAUCGUAUAGCGGCGCGCUCCGCUUACGCCAUUACGACACAAGUGCAAUUGACGUAAAUGCUGAAGAUGAGGUAGCGACAGAGUCCGCCCUGGCACGAGUAUACAUACCUAAAGCAUUACGUGCAUCGCUGCGUGCUGUGUUUGCUGACAAAACCGGUGAAACGAGUCCUUCGACUGUCCGCCGCCGCAGCCGAAAGCAAAAGAUGCAGGAGCAGGAAGACACCACGGGAAAGCUGUUGCUUUGGGAUCUGUUCCUACAACUAUUUCCUUCGAGUUUAAGGAAAGAGGGGAGCGUCAGGGAAAGCAACGAGGUCUCUGCCACGCUGAUUGCGUCAGCGCUAAGUUCGUACGUCGCGCGCCAUGGGAUGCUCACGAACUUCUUAAAUUUCAGCUCAGCCCUUUUGUCCCAAGCGACACAGUGUUCAUCGAAAUCAACAACUUCAGAACUGCCGGACUCGGUGCUGUUUGUUGUGGCUGACAUGGAAAAGUGCGAGGAGGAUGAGAUCUGGAGUCUUGACAAAGCGCGUGUCUUCGAACUUGGUACUCGCGUCUUCUUUCGCACGGUAGUGCGCCUUCCAGCGAUGGUACGGUCGUGGUGGAACGAUGAUUGCUCGCGUGCGACACGGAGCUGGGCUGCCAAGUAUUUUGAAGACUACAUCACUCCUUCGGUACUUGCAGCAGAGUUGGGGCUUAUUCAGAAGGCUAGCGACAAUACAUCGUUUGCUGGCGAAUCAUGGGAUGAAAAAGAAAUGACGGUGAAAGGUAGUCGUGUAUCUCGGGAGAUCACGACUACUUAUAUCAAGGACGAGUGUGCUCUAGAAAUGGUGGUGCGCGUGCCACCUUCAUACCCGUUGCGCUGCGUCGAGGUCGAAUGCACGAAGCGUAUUGGCAUAUCCGAACACCGCUGGCGACGCUGGGUGCUACAGAUUAUCCGCGUGACAUCGUCUCGCGAUGGCUCACUGCUGGACGCUGUGCUGCUAUGGAAACACAAUGUGGACAAGGAGUUCGAGGGUGUGGAGCCAUGUCCGAUCUGCUACUCGAUCCUGAACCCCAAGAACAUGGGUCUGCCUUCGCUGCCCUGCAAGACAUGCAACAACAAGUACCACAACUCGUGUCUGUACAAGUGGUUCAACCAGUCGGGGAAGAACAAGUGUCCAAUCUGCCAGCAACCGUUUUGCUAA